UUAUAUCCCAGACAAGAAUUUUUCAAGCCCAUCACCUAAUCUUCAAUUUCCUCUGAUUAGCCAAAAUCAUGGCAUUCCAAAAGGAGUACCUUGAUCUAGUUUUGGUCCCAACUGGGUUGCUGAUCAUGUUUGGUUACCAUCUCUUCCUUCUCUACAGGUACCUUCAUCUUCCCCACACUACAGUCAUUGGCUUUGAAAACAAUGACAAGAGAGCUUGGGUUGAAGGAGUCAUGAAUGCUGAUAAAAGAGAAGUUGAAAUGGCCCUGGCAGUGAUCGCAUCCAACACGUCCGCGGCGACAUUCUUAGCUUCAAUUUCUCUGACUCUAAGCUCCAUAAUUGGUGCUUGGCUUGGAGGAUCUUCUAAUAAUGUCUUUGAGAGUGGAUUAAUUUAUGGUGACACAAGGCCAUCCACAAUUUCAAUCAAGUACAUAUGUCUACUAGCUUGUUUUCUCCUUGCUUUUGCUAGUUUUGUUCAAUCAGCAAGGCUGUUUGUUCAUGCAAAUUACCUAAUUAGCACACCAAAUAGUGACAUACCAGUUGAGAUUGUGGAGAAUGCAGUGAUAAAAGGAGGAGAUUUUUGGUCAAUUGGGCUUAGAGCACUCUAUUUCGCUCUUGAUUUGCUGCUGUGGUUUUUUGGGCCAAUACCAAUGUUUGCUUCAUCAGUUAUUAUGGUGUUUGUUCUGUAUUACCUUGACACCAAUUCAGCUCCUCUGCUGCAGCACAAGCAAUUAAGAUCAAACUGGCUCACAAGAACGGCUAAUCGAAUUUCCGAGGUAGCCAUCGACAUUGAGCAGAUCAUCAAAUAAGGUCAAUUGCUGAAUUGUACGAGAUGAAUUUUCAAGUUUCUGAAUUCUUUUUUGUUUCUCUAAUUUUCAUGUCAUCAAUGAAUUGCAAGUAGUGUUUGAGUUGUUUUGCGUUA